AUGUACGAUCCACAACUUUAUCGAAAAUCCCUGAAUUUCCGUGCAAGAAACGGAGAUCUCGUUCUGUCCUCGUACCCAAAGACCGGUACCCACUGGGUCGCGUACAUCAUGCAACUCAUUCUGAAGAGGGGUCAACCAAUCAAGACUUACAGGGAAUUCACGGAGAACACGCGCCUUCUGGAGAUGAUUGAGUUAGAAGGCUGGAAACCCAGCCUGCCGAUGAGGAUUGUGGUCACGCGCCCUGCUCCUCGAAAAGAACUAGUGAACAAUGAGGCGAAGUACGUAUAUGUGGCACGAAACCCUUGGGACGUGUGCGUCUCGACAUACCAUAUGUUCACCAACAUCAGCAACUACCGCUUCACAGACGCUACGUUCGAAGAAUUCGUGGACGUGUUCUUGGCUGGAGAUCUCGGCCACGGGCACUUCUUUGACCACGUGAGUGCUGGGUACGCUCUCCGUGACGAACCCAACGUCUUCUUUGUCACGUACGAGGAACUUGCCAUCGACACGAGAGGGACGGUGCUCAGGCUGGCUCGGUUUCUUGGCCAGGGGUACGCUACUGAGCUUGAAGGCGACGAAGCGAUGCUAGAAAAACUACUUCAAAGGUGCAAGGCAGAUUACAUGAGAGAUGUGAUUGUAGCCAGCUUUGACGACAGGUCCGACGGGGAUUGGGAGCGUACGCUUGUACGACUGAAUGCGGACUGUAAGGAUGGCCACGGUGGCGACGGAAAGAAGUUUGCCUUCGUAAGAAAAGGCGUAGUUGGUGAUUGGAAGGCCUACUUCACGCCAAAGCUGCUCCUUAGAAUGGAGGCGGCCAUACGAGAGGCCGAGAAUAAGUCUUCCGUCACGAAAUUGUGGAAAAAUAUGCGAGACGAGGCACUGAUGGCUCUGCACGAAAACUAA